GUUUUAUGAGAAUGGUCUUUAGACGAAAUGGAAAUGAAGGAAAUAAGGCAAUAAGGCAAUUUAUUUGAAAAAAGUUAUGUGUCAAAAUUAUAGACACCUAUCAGGGGAUUACGGAUAGACGUUGCUACAGUGGUGGCAACUAUUUUCAGUUGCAAUGCUUAAUCACGGUUUUUCAAAUCAGGCACGCGUUGGACGCGUUGCAACAAAUUUUAAGAAUAUUCUUUGAUUAUAACGGUUUUCUUUGAUUAACGGCCACAAGAUGAGUCCAGUAGUUAAUUGUAGGAUUUGUUUGGUACGUACAUCAAAAUUCAACCACAUUAAUAAGAAUCCGAAAGCGCGAAGAUUGAUCAAAAAAUUAAUGCCCCAAACGAAUUUACAAACCGUAACACCAGUAAUAUGUAACACAUGUCUAAGAACACUUAUUAUGUGGUCCGGCUUUAAAAAGACUGCAUAUGAAUCACAAGAAACAAUAUAUAUAGAAAAUUCGAGGCUUUCAAAAGGUCUUAGGAAAAGGACUGACACUGAUCAAAAUUCAACAUGUAGAGUCUGUUUAGAAAUAAAUGAUACAAAAAAUAUACCACUUUUUACUAAUUCAAAUGAUAAUAAUGAAUCCAAUAUUAUAAAGAAUAUGAUCAAAACUUGUUUUCCACAAUUAAACUUCAAUAUAACACGAAGACCGAUAUUAUGCGGAAACUGUUGGAAAAAGAUACAAAAUAUAUACAAGUUAAUAAAGAUUUCUACUGAAGUUGAAAAUAAACUCAUAAAAGAAAUUGAAACACAACCAAACAAAGAGCAGUUAUUGACUAACGAAGAUCUUAAAUAUAUGAGAAUAGAUAGGAGUAAAUUUAGAAAUACAAUGGAGCUGAUUAAUGUGGAGCGUAAUUUAGAAGAAAAUGAUUUAAAUAUUGAGAUUGAGGAAAAUAAGGAAAACAGUUUAGUGGAGAGUCCAAUUAGCAGCUCUUCUUCUGGAUUUGAAAUGACCACAAGCUUUAAUUUAAAUAUUAACUCUGAGGGAGAUAAGCAGAAGACAUUAAUGGAGAAUCCAAGUAGCAGCUGUUCUUCUGGAUUUAAAAUGACCACAAGUGGUGCUAAGGAUUUUGUGAAUCUUGAAAUCCCAAGGCAAGAUCUAAGGAACACAGAAAACGAACUGAAAAUUAAUUUGGAUUCACAAAAUGUUGAAGAUCUUUUACAAAAUGCAUUUGUAUCUGAGAAUUGUAUGAAUGUAGUGAUGAAAAGUGUCUCAAAGAACGGUAUUAAUAUAGUAACUAAUAACUUAAAUCGAGUUUCAAAUAUUCUCAAAACUAGAAAUAAUGUUGACGUAAGUUCGGUGGAAGUGUCAUUGAAAACAACGAAGUCCAAAGUCCUUCUUGUAAAGAGGGUUUACACUUCUAUUCCUUCAACUUCUAAGAGAAAAUUUAAACCACCAAAGAAUGAGGACAAUGUACUGCAACUUCGUAACAAAGAUUUUAAUAUACCAAUCAAUGGUAAGUAAUUAACUGUUUCUUUGGUAUAUCACAAUUUUCUUAGCAGCAACAGACCACCAACUUUUAAAUUGAUGUAUUUUUCUUAACAUAUAAGACUGUUUUUGUUCUCUCUUUUUAUUGAUACAUGAAAGGUAAACUGAACAUUUUAAAAUGAUUUAAUUACUAUUGACUUUAAUUGAUCAUUUAACAUUUAUUUAUUAUUGAAAAUCCCAUAUUCAAUACUUAGUUUAGCAGUUUUAGUAAUGUGAUUUAGUUAUGAUCAAUAUGAGAACGCGUACUUUUUAUCAAAAUUUAGUAAACUUGAGGUAGUAUGUGGACUGCUGUAUACUAUUAGCUGUAUAAUGUGGGCCACAUUAUCUGUGCUUCUUCAAAAGCAUAAGAAGAUGCAUAUAAGCCUAAAAGUUAACAACACUUAAAAUCUUAUGUACUAAGGGGAUGCACGUGUAAAAAAAUAUUUAUUUUUAUUUAUUUUACUUAUGUUUGAAUGUAUUUUGAUUUGUUUAUUUUUAUUUAUAUUGGAUUUUAGCUUAUUUUUUAGAUUUUAUUCUUUGUAUGACGAAUAGUGAUUUUAUGUAACAUAGUACCUGAUAAUUUAAUUUGAUGUAUAAGAAAAAUGUUUUUUUAUUUUAUGUUGUAUGUUUUUUUAGAAUUUUUAUUUUAUGUUGUGUGUUUUUUUAGAAUUUUUAUUUUUUUAUAUAUAUUUUUAUGUCAAUAAGCUCGUUUAUUAUUCCAACUUAUUUUUAUUAUGUGUCUCUCGUCAAAUCGGAAAACAUAAUAAAUUAUAAACUUGAUGCAUAUUUUCAAUUAGAGCUUGUUUUUACAAUUACGGCAUUGUGAUUGUAACAGGGUACCUGAUAACUUUAUUUUUAUGAAUAAAUUUUUUUUUUUGAAUGUUGAUAUUGAUUUAUAAUUUUUA